UAAUUUAGGCGGGAUAUUCAAAAUUUGGCUAAAAAUAUUACUCAAUAUAGUAAAUACUUUAGGCGAGAAACCUAAUGUUUUUUUUUUGUUGAUUUUUAGCUGCUAUUUCAAGUAUAUAUCAUUGCAUCUUUAUAUAGUAAUAGAUAGAGAAAUGGAUUUACUUGAAAUAGUAUUAAAAUCCCCGCUUAAAUUUUUCAAAGUUACUAUUCUUAGUAUUUUUAGAAAAUGGCGACUAAAUGAAAAUUUGAAUUCAAAUUUAGAAAAAAAUGAAAAUAAAAUUACU